UUUAAGAGUUCGAGGCAGAAGCAAAACCUUUACUUUCCUUUUCUUUAUUUAUAUCUCAGAAAUAUGCCCAAAAAAGCUGCCGUUUCUUGUGAUUGAGAUUUUAUUUGAGGUUUUUAGCCGAGAUUAACUAACACCUACAGGAUUAUUCUACUAUUUGUUGCUAAUGAACAAAAUGUUCCGCAGUCUAUUAAGAUCAGCUGUGGUUGAAUCUGAACUGUUUGGUUAAGAUGCAAGUGGAGGUCAUGCAAAUACCCAAUGAGGUUAACAUUUCCAAUGAUAAUCUUGAAAUCAAACAAGAUUUUGAAUCUGAACUGUUUGGUGAAGAUGCCAAUUGAGGUUGUGCAGAUACCAAUAAUGGAGGACCUGCUCCUAUACUUGUCAAAGCUGAGCAGCCAUGUUCAGCAGCUCGAAAAAGCAAUCUUUCUGAUAAAGAUUGUGUCUUGAAGACUGUUAUGGGUGUACUCAAUGAGCCGACUCUGAAGAAGUUUGAUCUCCUAAAUAGACAAUUGAUAAUUACAGGGAUAACUAGUGCAGACAUUCUGAAGGGUGUUGUUACCUUGAUAUUUGACAAGGCUGUACUGGAACCAACAUUUUGCACGAUGUAUGCCCAACUGUUUUCUGAUCUCAAUGCAAAGCUGCCACCAUUUCCUUCUGAUGAGCCUGGUGGCAAAGAGAUUACAUUCAAGCGUGUUCUAUUGAAUAAUUGUCAGGAGGCAUUUGAAGGUGCUGCCAAUAUGCGAGAAGAGGCGAGGCAAAUGACAUCCCCGGAGCAGGAGUCAGAAUGCAAGGACAAAGAAAGGUUGAUAAAAUUGCGGACUCUUGGCAAUAUACGGCUUAUUGGAGAGCUUGUGAAGCAAAAGAUGGUCCCUGAAAAGGUUGUUCAUCACAUCGUUCAGGAACUAUUAGGACAAGAUCCCAAAAGUUGUCCGGAAGAAGAGAAUGUUGAAGCCAUUUGCCAGUUCUUCAACUCCAUUGGAAAACAGCUUGAUGAGAAACACAAGUCAAGGCGCAUCAAUGAUGUGUACUUUAACCGGUUGAAAGAACUCUCUACAAACCCUCAGUUGGCUCCACGUUUAAGGUGUAUGGUUCUUGAUGUGCUGGAUUUACGUUCCAAUAACUGGGUGCUUAGAUGGGAAGAGGGGAAACCAAAAAUCAUCACAGAGAUUCACACGGAAGCAAAGACCUUGGAGUUGCGUUCUGGUGCCAUUGCAAGCAUGAGAUAUUCACGUGGUCCUCUGGGUCCUCAAGGCGGCUUGAUUUCAAGCGGCUAUCGGCGAGGAACUGGUGGUAUGACGCCUGGAAUGCUGGGAGUUAGGAAGAUGCUGGGUAUGCCUGAGAUGGAUAAUGACAACUGGGAGGGAGAACCUGCUCCUACACUUGACAAAGCCGAGCAGCCGUGUUCAGCAGCUCGAAAAAGCGAUCUUUCCGAGAAAGAUUGUGUCUUGAAGACUGUUAUGGGUGUACUGAAUGAGCCGACUCUGAAGAAGUUUAAUCUCCUAAAUAGACAAUUGAUAAUUACAGGGAUAACUAGUGCAGACAUUCUGAAGGGUGUUGUUACCUUGAUAUUUGACAAGGCUGUACUGGAACCAACAUUUUGCACGAUGUAUGCCCAACUGUUUUCUGAUCUCAAUGCAAAGCUGCCACCAUUUCCUUCUGAUGAGCCUGGUGGCAAAGAGAUUACAUUCAAGCGUGUUAUAUUGAAUAAUUGUCAGGAGGCAUUUGAAGGUGCUGCCAAUCUGCGUGAAGAGGCGAGGCAAAUGACAUCCCUGGAGCAGGAGUCAGAACGCAAGGACAAAGAAAGGUUGAUAAAAUUGCGGACUCUUGGCAGUAUACGGCUUAUCGGAGAGCUUGUGAAGCAAAAGAUGGUCCCUGAAAAGAUUGUUCAUCACAUCGUUCAGGAACUAUUAGGACAAGAUCCCAAAAGUUGUCCGGAAGAAGAGAAUGUUGAAGCCAUUUGCCAGUUCUUCAACUCCAUUGGAAAACUGCUUGAUGAGAAACACAAGUUAAGGCGCAUCAACGAUGUGUACUUUAACCGGUUGAAAGAACUCUCUACAAACCUUCAGUUGGCUCCACGUUUAAGGUGUAUGGUUCUUGAUGUGCUGGAUUUACGUUCCAAUAACUGGGUGCUUAGACGGGAAGAGGGGAAACCAAAAAUCAUCACAGAGAUUCACACGGAAGCAAAGACCUUGAAGUUGCGUUCUGGUGCCACUGCAAGCAUGAGAAACUCACGUGGUCCUCAAGGCGGCUUGAUUUCUAGCGGCUAUCGGCGAGGAACUGGUGGUAUGACGCCUGGAAUGCCGGGAGUUAGGAAGAUGCCGGGGAGGACCUGCUCCUAUACUAGUCAAAGCCGAGCAGCGAUGUUCAGCAGCUCAAAAAAGCGUGUCUUGAAGACUGUUAUGGGUGGACUCAAUGAGCCGACUCUGAAGAAGUUUGAUCUCCUAAAUAGACAAUUGAUAAUUACAGGGAUAACUAGUGCAGACAUUCUGAAGGGUGUUGUUACCUUGAUAUUUGACAAGGCUGUACUGGAACCAACAUUUUGCACGAUGUAUGCCCAACUGUUUUCUGAUCUCAAUGCAAAGCUGCCACCAUUUCCUUCUGAUGAGCCUGGUGGCAAAGAGAUUACAUUCAAGCGUGUUCUAUUGAAUAAUUGUCAGGAGGCAUUUGAAGGUGCUGCCAAUCUGCGAGAAGAGGCGAGGCAAAUGACAUCCCUGGAGCAGGAGUCAGAACGCAAGGACAAAGAAAGGUUGAUAAAAUUGCGGACUCUUGGCAGUAUACAGCUUAUCGGAGAGCUUGUGAAGCAAAAGAUGGUCCCUGAAAAGAUUGUUCAUCACAUCGUUCAGGAACUAUUAGGACAAGAUCCCAAAAGUUGUCUGGAAGAAGAGAAUGUUGAAGCUAUUUGCCAGUUCUUCAACACCAUUGGCAAACUGCUUGAUGAGAAACAAACGUCAAGGCGCAUCAACGAUGUAUACUUUCACCGGUUGAAGGAACUAUCUACAAACCCUCAGUUGGCUUCACGUUUAAGGUGUAUGGUUCUUGAUGUGCUGGAUUUACGUUCCAAUAACUGGGUGCCUAGAUGGGAAGAGGGGAAACCAAAAACCAUCACAGAGAUUCACACAGAAGCGAAGACCUUGGGGUUGCGUUCUGGUGCCUCUGCAAGUAUGAGAAAUUCACGUGGUCCUCUGGGUCCUCAAGGUGGCUUGAUUUCUGGCGGCUAUCGGCGAGGAACUGGUGGUAUGACGCCUGGAAUGCCGGGAGUUAGGAAGAUGCCGGUUAUGCCUGGGAUGGAUAAUGACAACUGGGACGUUCCUAGAUCAUGGUCGAUGCCGAGAGGUAAUGGACCAAUGGUGCAGCCUGGUGGACGUGGUCCGCCACCACUGGUCGUCAAGUCGCCCUCAUUGAACCCAAGGCUUCUGCCUCAGGGUAGUGAUGGCUUCGUGAGUGCUCAGGGUAGUGGUGCACCUCCUGCUGGAAAGUAGUGUGUUCAUAGAAAGAUUUUGCCUUUUGAGAUUGGUUAAUUGUCUUCCAUUAGUUAUAUAUUUAUUUCCCCUUUUGACUAGUUAAAUUAAAAGUUUUGUCAAACUUGUGAGUUCAUACUGCAAUUUGCUGCAUAGGAAGAUAUACCAUUUUUGAAGGAAGAUUCGAAAUCACAAGUCUGUCAUUUGUUGGUGCUUUA